AUGUUGCUCACAAUUUAUAGAAAUCAUCCUAAAAAGACUUUAUUAUUCUUAAUUUUUCUUUUGGGUGGAAUUACAUACAAAUUUAGAUCACAUUUAUUUAAUGCUUUCUUAUAAAAAAUGUAAAGUAAAUUAACAAAAUAAAUGGAAUUAUAAAUGGAAAAAGGAUAGAGAAUAAAUACAAAAUUGGAUUAAAUAUAAAUGAUUGUUAAUGAUUACUAUGAGAAUAAGGGAUUUUUGGAUACUAUAUGUGGAAUCUUAAAAUUAGAUUAAAUCACAAUGAUUGGAACUUAAUUGAAAUAAAAUAAAGAAUUGACUUAGUAAUAAAAGGCUGAGAUGUAUUAAAAUAUGACAGAAUAAUUCUUAACUUUUGAAGUAUCAACUAUUCUCUUUUUAAGAAAAUUUGAAUGUCUUCUCUUAUUAUCUAAAAUUCUGAUGUUGACAAUUACAAUUGUAGAUGAAUAAAUGUUUAUUCAAAAUCUAAUUGAAUAAAUGUAAUUAAUUAUAUUUACAUAAUAAUAUCUUCACAUAUCUACUAUAAUUUAAUAAGAAUUUAAGAAAGAGUCUCAAAAAUAUAUUUAUGAUAAAUAAGUUAAUGUAAAAGAAUUAAUUAAAUCAUUGGUAUAAGUUUGUUAAAGAGAAUUUAUGGAUGAGAAAUUUCAAUAGAGAUUUGAAAAUUAAUGUAAAGAAGAAUUAAAACAAAAGAUUACAUAAUUUCAAUAAUUUUAUUAAGGAUAACAUUUAAAGACAAUUUAAGAAUAAUCAAAAUAAUUAAUAUAACAUCUUUUUAAAAUCAAUUAAUCUUUUGGAAUGAUGACAUUUUCUGAUUAUUCAAUAUCAUAUUCAUUUUAGAAAUUAAAUAAUAGACUUUAAUUACUUCCUCAAAUAAAUGAGAUUAAUAAUUAAAUUCUUAUUAAAUAAUUAACAAAACAUCAUUAAGUAAUCAAAGAAGAAUUUUAUGCAAAGGAAAGUAUUCAAAACAAUAAUAUAUAUUAUUAGAAAGUAUUAAAAUAAAGUCUAAAAAUUAAAGAAGAAUAGUCAACUAAUAAUUAAGUAGAUAACAAUAUGAUAUAAAUACAGAAAGUUUUACAUGAAUUUAAGAUAUUUGAAAUUUUGAAAUAAUCUUAAAAUUAAAUUAUUAGAAAAUUAGUAUUUGGAAAUGAGUUAGAUGAAUCAACAAGUUCAUAAAAAUAAUCUUUGGGUUGA